GACAGUCGCGGCAUUUGAAACAGCUACAUCCGUAGCGGCAUAAAAAGGCUACUUUACACCGUAUUUCCCAUCUUUGUGGUGCAUUGAAAUGAUCGAUAUGAUCGAGAAGGAGGACCCGGUCAUCAGCGAGGAGGAGGCGGCACAGUACGACCGUCAGAUCCGUUUGUGGGGCCUAGAUGCUCAGAAGAGGUUGCGGGGUUCUCGUGUGCUCCUGGCUGGUUUAGGUGGUCUGGGGGCAGAAGUGGCCAAGAACUUAAUCCUGGCCGGAGUUAAAGGACUCACUUUGCUGGAUCAUGAACUGGUGUCAGAGGAGUCAUGUCGAGCUCAGUUCCUGGUUCCGGUGACGGCUCAGGGUCAGAACCGAGCCCAGGCCUCUCUGGAGCGAGCGCAGAACCUCAACCCAAUGGUGGAGGUCCACGCAGACCCAGACAGAAUCGAAGACAAACCAGAUGACUUCUUUCUGCAAUUUGAUGCGGUGUGUCUAACAGGCUGCUCCAGAGACCUGAUGGUGCGAGUCGACCAGCUCUGUUCUCAGCGCAACAUCAAGGUCUUCUGUGGGGACGUCUACGGUUACUAUGGAAACAUGUUCUGCAACCUCGGACAGGAGCACCACUAUGUUGAGGAGAAACCCAAACUGGUGAAACCAACUGAAAACUCUAACGACGGUCCAGAAGUAAAGAAAGCCAAAGUCGACCCCAACGAGACCACCAUGGUGAAAAAGACAGCGAGUUUCUGCACUUUGAAGGAGGCUCUGGAGGUUGAUUGGACGACUGAGAAGGCCAAAGCGAGUCUGAAACGAACUCCCGUGGACUACUUCCUGCUUCACGUUCUGUUGAAGUUUCGUACAGACAAAGGCCGUGACCCCGACCCACAAUCCUUUGCUGAAGACAGUCAACUCCUGAGACAGAUCCGUGACGACGUCCUCGGGGCCUUGGCAGUGAGCAGCGACCUUCUGAGUGAUGACUUCAUCAGCUACUGCUUCUCUGAGAUGUCUCCAGUGUGCGCUGUCGUGGGAGGAGUUCUGGGACAGGAAGUGGUCAAGGCUCUCUCCCAAAGAGACGCUCCACAUCGGAACUUCUUCUUCUUCGAUGGUCGUAAAGGCAACGGUGUCGUGGACUAUUUUGGCUCCAAGUAAAACACCUCACAGCUGUGCACCGGACAGUUUCACACAUAAAUACAAGUCCAGCAAACUUCUGUCUUUCCGUUGGUUUGUGAAGAUUAUUUAUAUUAGUACUUGCUCCACUUUUCAUAAAAUUCAUCUGUUGUUCCAUUUUUGUCAUUUUGUCUCAAGUGCACUGUGGAUUU